CUCUACAACAGUGCGACUAUUCGGGCGUGGAAUUCUCGUUCCUUUGGUUUGGAAAUUCACAUACGUUUCCGGAUUUGUGAGUAGUCUCUCAGUGUCAGAGUUCUUUCUUUACUAGUUUUGUGGUAGUAAUGGAUCCUCUUGGUACUUUCUUCGACAAAUUGAAAGGUUUUACUAAAUCGAGCCAAGAAUUCUUCGCCGGCCUUAUCCCUGGCAAUGGCCACCGCCGGAACUCUGCUUCUCGUAAUCCGAUUGAAAUCCUAAAACGUUUACAGAGAGAAGCUUUUUCGGAUCUCAUGAAACUGAGGGAAAGACAAGACAAGGUUGAAAGAAUACUUUCCUUCUAUAAACCCUCUGCAGGAGGUCCAUUUCAAGAAGCUACCACCCAUGUAAGGGGACAGGUGGAUCUUUUGGGAGCUGUGUUGAUGAUGAAUAAUAUUGAUGAGGAUAAUUUAGAUUUAAUAAAUAGAGCUGGAAUAAGGACUGGAGUUGAUUCGAGGUUAAUUUUUGAAACAAACAUCAGGGAUAAGAAUACUCUUGUUGCAGAGUUUGUGGCCAGUCAGAACGGUAAAGAUCAUGACACUGAUGUCCUGGGAAGCUCGCUUUCUCUGGCGAAACUCUGUUAUAUGGCAACAGUUAGUGAUUGGUUAUCUGUGAUGGCUAUCCCUAUGGGAGCUCAAUGCAAAGAUGUUGCAAUUGCUUCGAAAUCUUUCCACCAGCACGGAAAGGGCCUUACAGACGUUUCCUCGGCUGGACCACCACUACUGAAUCUGCAGAAUGGUAGUGCCAUCAGCAUGAUGGUGAGAAAAUCAAAUAUUGUUGCUUCAUUGGCUCAAUUUGUAUCCGGACUUGGAAUGCCAUUAGGUCCUAAUGCAAGUGAGAAUUGGUCCAGCACUUUCACUGAACUUUCAUGUCAAUUACCCAGAGGAACGAAGCUAUCUGUUAUGGGUCUCUACCAAGUUCCACUCUCAUCAGCAGAACCAUCAAAACUUGGACCUCUUGCAUUUCCAAUACUCACGUCAGAACAAGCAGAGCCAGAAGUACCUGAAACUGUCUAUGGAGUAUAUCCUUGGUCGGAAACAAAGACACGUGUCUCCACUAGAUCGAUUGCCCUUGCAUUGGAAUCAGAACUUGAUGAUAUCACAAAGAUUGGAGGUUGGGUUGAGAUGAACAGGUCAAAUGUUCAAUGGGGAGUGAGUGUGUCUGAUGUCUCAGAAGAUUCGUUUGGCUGGGGAAUGAGCCUUAAUGGUAUGAUUGGAGAUUCAUUAACCGGGGAUCUCUUUCAGGCUGAAUCCUAUCUGAAAUUUAACUUGGGUAAUAAAUUCUGCUUGAAGCCAGGUCUCGCUUAUGCGGCUGCUGGGAAUUCUAAAGUAGUUGGUUUGAUGCUACGCUCUAGUUGGUCCUUCUGAUCAUUUAAGCUCAAUUGAGUUGCAUUGUUAUGUACUUUUUGUUCAGGUGCUCAUUAUUUUUUCAUCGACGUAUAUAAUCCAAAUCAUUUUUUUU